AGGCUUUGAAGUAGAGCUGACCACCCACCCAUUUACCAUCCGACCGAGCUAUUAGGGAACGGAUACACGAGGAAAGAGUUGGGAAAACAUCGACGUUCUAUAGUAGGUCGGGUUAUUUUAUCAUAUGAGUCCUUAUAAUUUUCUCCUACUGUCGUCUUAUAUAGUUGUCGUUCGCUUUUAACGUGGCUAGCUUGCCUACAAACAUGGCUACAAUGCUUUAAAACCAAGCAGCCAGCAGUCAUUGGGUGAUAAUCAUGAUCGGCAACAUCGUCUUGAAAUAACAGCGUGACAAGAGAAAAACAAACAAGAGAGAGAGAGGGACAACAACAACAACAACACAUUUUUUAAAGAAAAAAAUACAACAAGCAAAAGAAACCAAAGUAACAGUUACACUACGAAAACCGAAGAGAAAGCAAUUUAUAAAAAAAAAAGAAAAAAACCAAAAUUAUGAAAUGUGAGUGCGUUAGUGUUGUAAGUAUCAACAGAAGCUGUAAUAUUGCGCCAAACGGAAGUGACUGUAGGCGAAGCAACAGGAAAUGUCUUUGGAAAGACAGUAGCAGUGGUUCUAGUUGCUGGAAUUUAUGGUUUGACUUCGACAUUGACGCGAGGUUUUACGGAUUGUAAAGAAUAUAUAUAUAACGAGCGUUAGUGGGAGGAAGUGUGUAUGUGUGAGUGUUGGCGAAAAAGAGAGUAAGAGGGAGGGAACGAUCUCCAGUUUAUACUCGGCAUUAUACACCUACUACUUUUACCUAUACUUAGUACAUAGAUACUGGCGCACGCAGACUCAGUAACAGAUACAUUCACUUGCAAAACGUAGGCACACAUCCAGACCCAUAGACAUAUAUAAACAGACAAGACUAGGAUCAUAAUGGUUCUUUUCGUGGGGGUGGGUGUUGGUUUGAUGACCUAAAAGACCUGUUUAGAAGUGAUGUCUGGAGAGACAAGAAUCGAUGCUUCUCUUUCUAAUCCUCUAUCACCUCCGCCUAUUUUACUUUGUUGUCACUGCUGUCCACACCAACACCACGUCAACCAUACUAACUGCAACCACAACACCAGAACUAUUACCACUAAUACUCUCCACCAUCACAACAACAGGGCCCCUAACGUACAUAUUAAUUUGUUUUCACUUUUUCGUCACCCUCUUUAUUUUAGUGGGGAGAGACUUUAGUAUAACUUCUUGUAAAGAACAUUUCCCCGAAGAUCUAACCUCUCUCCAUCUCUCUACCGCAAUAGCAACCAUCUCUCUGCGUGUUACUCUAUCUUUGCUCUCUACUUGCCCCUCUCUUUAUAGCACUGACAACCAUUUGAACAGAUAUCACAACCAUAUCUGUUAUCUCUCUCCCCCUAGUUUGUGUGUAUUUUUCUCUCUCUUCCUCACAACAACCUCAAGAACAACGACAACACAAUCACCACCACGAUUUUACGUGUUAAUCUUCUCUCUCUUCCUCUUUCCCCAUCUCGUUUUCGUUUUUUUCUGUUUUGUUGACCGUGUCUUGAAAUAGAUGUAUCGGAUUUCUUUCUACAUUUCACACAUUCAAUCACAAUUAUCACCAUAUCCUCCCUCUUCUGAUGGACGUAACAUCAACAUUACUACCACAACUUCCCAUGUCUGAUGGACUGUGUAACAGCAUCAUCAACAUUACCAUCACUAUUAUACCAACUCUACCGACGAAACUGUCUCUUCUCUUAGACAACAACGCCACAGAUCUAAUUCUAGAAUGAAAAAGUUUUUUUCCACCCAACCAGCCGGUCAUGUCGGCAAAGUCUUCUCCUUGGGUAGAUAUGUUGUCACUGUGGAAGACGUCAUUGCAGAAGGUGGUUUUGCAAUAGUCUUUCUGGCUCGUGCCCAAAAUGGCCAAAAGUAUGCCCUUAAGCGUAUGUAUGUCAAUAAUGAACAAGACUUGGCAGUUUGUAAGAGAGAGAUUCAAAUUGCGAAAACUCUCAGUGGACACAAAAAUAUUAUUAAGUAUGUUGACUCCAGUAUAACUGUCACUCCUAAUAAAGUAUAUGAGGUGCUGAUACUAUUGCAGUAUUGCAAAGGCCAUGUAAUGCAAAUGAUGUCUGAAAGAAUUAAUACAGGUUUCAGUGAAAAAGAAGUUUUCAGCAUUUUCUGUGAUGUUUGUGAAGCGGUUUCCAGAUUGCACCAUUGUCAAACACCAAUUAUCCACAGAGAUUUAAAGGUGGAAAAUAUUCUGCGUGAAGAUAGUGGAAAUUAUGUACUUUGUGAUUUUGGUAGUGCCACAGCUAAGUUUCUCAAUCCUGUACAGCAUGGUGUUGCACAAGUUGAAGAGGAAAUUCGUAGGUAUACAACACUUCCAUACAGAGCUCCUGAGAUGGUGGAUCUAUACUGUGGUAAAACAAUAACAACCAAAUCUGAUAUCUGGGCUUUGGGUUGUUUAUUAUACCGGCUCUGUUUUUUCUCAUUGCCAUUUGGAGAAAGUGCUUUAGCAAUACAAAGUGGUAAUUUCACAAUUCCAGAUAACUCAAGGUAUUCCAAAGAACUACAUUCUUUAAUAGCCUUUAUACUAGAAGUUGACCCAGAGAAGAGACCUGACAUUUAUCAAGUUUCUUAUGUUGCUUUUUUGUUCAGAGGAAAACAAUGCCCGGUACCUAAUAUGAAUAGUUUACCAAUUCCUGAUGUAACCAAAUUACCAUGUCCAAUGACAGAACAGGAAUUUAAACAAGUCAAAACAACCUUAUACAAAACUGUUACAACCCCUACAAUUGAAACAACGUCAGUUACUCCUCGGCAACGGCCAAAAGGGCAAGCUAUGCCACAGUCUCGGGGACUUGGUCUGCCUGUUCACACAUCUGUAUCUUCAAGAAAACGUCCUGGGAAUAGCAAUCAGCUUACCACUCCACAAGGUGAACUACCACAGACAUCACCUGCAGCAAAUGCUGUGUCUCCAAUGCAACCAUUACCACAUGGUGCUGUGACUAUGUCAGUGCACCAGUUUGACUCUCAACACUCAUACAAUCAAGGACAAAUGUCGAAAUCCCUUCCAACUGCUCCCCAACAAUCAGCUCCAUCGACCAGUUCAUCAAAUGUUAACCAAUGUGUAUUUAUACAGCAGCAACCACAACAACAGCAGCAACAACCUCAACAAUCAUCACAGCCCCAACAACAUAUCCAGUCAGCUUAUUUACAACAGCAACAGCAACAUUCUCAACAACUGCAGCAACAACAACAACACCACUCUCAACAAUUGCAACAACACCAUCCUCAACAGCAACAACAUCAUCUACAACAGCAGCAACAUAUACAACAACAACAGCAGCAGCAGCAACAUCUACAUAAUCAACAACAGCAGCAACAAGAACAAGCUGUGUCAGCCUCACAGACUCAACUGCCUCCAGGCAGUGCAAUUUCUCUUUCAAAUUUAGCUUCCUCACAACAACAACAACAACAACAACCACCACAACAACAACAACAACAACAACAACAACAUCAUCAGCAGCAGCAAAUACAACAUCAUCAACAGCAACAAAAGAAUAAACCCCAGGCAACCAUGUCAAAUGCUACAAAUACCACUAAUCCUGAUCAGUUUGCUAGUUCUGGUCUCUCUUCUCCUCUGACAGUGAGUAGUAGUCAGUCUGGUCAAGCAAACAUUGAAGGUGGGGGUUAUUCUGCUGACUAUUUGUCAUCAGAUAAAAUUGUUUCUGCCCCUUUGGCAUCAGUGAACUUAGCGUUAACUAGCCGAUCAAGCAAGGAGAAAGGUGCAGGGUCUGAAUCCAACAUAGCAGCUUUACAACAGACCAAAGACGCUCAGAAAUUUACUGAGCACAUCAAUAAAGGUUGCAUGAAAGUUCCCAAAGUAGAACCCAAAGUGAAAAAGAAUGAAAAUCAACUUUUGAUAUCUAUUACGCCACCACAGUCUCCUUGCAAUGCUGUCAAAGGUCAUCGGCGAAAUGUCAGUGACACGUCCUAUAUUACCAUGGGUGGAAAAGGAAGUGCAUUCAGGGCAUACAGCGGUGGCAGUGGUUCUGGUAAUUUGUUGGAUACACCUGGACAUGAUGAUAAGUCUAAAUCCGCAAGCACUUCUCCUGUGCACUCACCUUCCAGGUCUCCCAAUCUUUCUCGGCCAUUAUCAAUGGACAUUUCUGAUUGGAAUCCAUUUGGAGAAGACCACUUUAGUUCCUAUACUGAAGAUAUUAUUUUUGGGAAAGAAUUUGAUAAAAUUCGGCGAGGUUCAAAUAGUAGUAUAUCAAAUGUGAAAAGCAGAGAAGAUUUGGUAAUGUCAGGGUCUGAUUCAUCGGAUCCUUUUUCAAAUGCUCCAUUCAAAAAACCAGGUAAGCGCUCCAACACUUCCACGCAUGUUCCUGAUCGUCCUGAAGAUUCCACCCAGCGGCUUGGCAGCAGCAGUUUGGCUAGCUCCCUCUCCAGUUUGGGAGAAGAUCUGGUGCACAAAAGUCCACGGCGCCAUAGUACAGGUUCAGCAGAUGUUGCACUUGAGCAUACAAAAGAUCUUAUUGAUUUCAACUCAGAAUCAACUGGAAAAUGUCAUGAACUAUUUGGUGGCAACACUUUAAUAAAAGUGGCGCUGGGUUUAACUGGCAAGAAGUACAAACAACUUGUUGAUGAUAAUGGGGAGAAAGAGAGGAAGCGUAUAGAAACAAAAAGCAAGAAACUUACAACUAAACCAGCUAUCCAACCUAAAGAAGUUGUUGACUCUAGUUCUGAAGAUUACCAUGGAGGUAUUAUAAAUAAAGGUGCUGCUGAUUUUAGCUAUCAGGAAUUGGAUGAUGAAUAUGGUAGUCGACCAAGUGCUGCAAAGCCUUCAAAACACAAAGAAGAUUUUGAAUCUUUUGAGGAAUAUGAAGAAUCGAAAAUGACACGGAAUUUUCCUAGUAACUUAUCUGUUUCUCAUUAUCAGAUAUCAGAGAACCAUGAAGACAGAAUUGUUGGUCAUGAGUAUGGUAUAAAACCCUUGCUUGAUGAUGAUGAAUUAGAGGAAGUACAUUCAAAUGUAGGGACAUCUAAAAGCAGCAAUCUUCAACAUAAACGACAUACUGUUAGUGAAGAAAACAUUGGAAGUGAUGCUGCACUAAUUCAGUCUGUUCUGGGACAAUUUAAUGAAGAUGUAUUUUCAGCUGCACCGUUUCCAAUAAAAAGUGGAACUAAGCGACGGCCUAUUAGUGCAGUGAUACCAAGUUCUGUUUCUGCCACUUUCUUAUCAAAGACUUCUGAAGAUGUAUUUUCCCAAGCACCUUUUCGAAGUAAAUUUAGUAAUAAGCUUCAUGGAGGGUCAAAGGCUAGUAGAACUAGUAGCUCUGCUCUUGCCCUGACCACCCCUGAAACCCCACCAAAUACCAUCGAAGAGAUCUUUUCCAAAGCUCCAUUUAAUGAUAAAAAGACUCCCAGUUCCAUUCAAACAGCACCAUCGUCAUGUGCUGUUACUCCAGAUUUAGAUGAUGUUAAGGAGCUUGUGUCAGUUGUGGAACCACCUCACAGCUACCAUUCACAUACAGUUAGUCCACCAGUUGAUGUUUGCAGUUCCCCUAGUCAGGGUAGCUCAUUGCCAUCUUCUACUGAAAGCCAAGAUGUUUUUGGAGCUGUACCAUUUUCUGAAAUGCCUUCCACUUACCCGAGUGGCUCCCAAACCCAUCUAAGUGCCUGCAGCAGCAGCAGCAAUGACGACAUGAUCAAAUUAGAUUCUCCAAUUGAUGAUUUACAAUCUGAAGAUUCCUGUUUGUUGGGGUCAAGUGAUUUUCAAACUGUUGAACCUCAUGAUCAUCACUUCAUGGAAAGUCCAUCGAGUGAAGAUGAUGUAUUUCGGCAAAUUACUGAUUCUCGGACUACUGUUCACACAGCCAGUGCUGUAAAACAUUCCAAACCUAGCAAGUCAAAAUUUCGAAGGGGCCUUAGAGAUAUUUCAAGUUCAGCCUUUUCGAACAUGAGUUAUUUUGAUGAUGAGUUGGAAGCAGAUGAGGAUCAUGGAACUUUAGAAACUGUUGACUUAAACCAGAAAGGGAAAUCUGUUGUCAGUUCCAAAAGUCCUUCUGUACCCCUAAAAUGUCACUCUUCCUAUCCAAAGUCAAGUCAUUCAUCAGGAGAGACUAUGAAGCAGAAGAAGCUUCCUGUUCCUUAAAACUGUUCUGAUAAACUCACAGAAAUGAAAUGUGUAUCUUGUUUUAAUUGGUUGUGACUAAAUGCUGUAUUAUAUUGUUGAUGAGUCCACAGAGGUAAAUUUUUAUCACCAAUGUGCUGACUAAUGCCUUCGACUGAAUCUUCUUGGAAAAAAAAUACAUCUUUUCAAUUGUUUCUGUUCUAUUAGGCAGUUAAUUUAUUUUUUCCAAGCUUUAGAAUUUUAACUUGAGAAAAUGUGUUGACUAUUUUCCCUAGAGAUUCUUAGUUGUUGUUGUUAUUAUUAUUAUUAUUAUUAUCAUUAUUUUAAGGUUAUAUUUUUUAUUUCUUUUUUCCCCAUUCAUUUAGAAGUGAGUUAAUAUAUUGAUUAAAAUAGGCAAUUACGUUGAAAUAUAUAUUCAUAUUUGCUUUAUUUUAAGUUUUUUUGUUUGUUUUUAAAUUGAACACUAUGAAAGAGGACUGGUAACUGUAUGCUAAUUUAAAACAAACAACUGAACAAUUCUAGAAUUGCUAUUGACCAUCAUCUAAGAGUUCUUUCAGCUUUCUAUUUCAUUGCAUGAUGAUACAGUACAAAGUUACAUACAUGUCUCUUAAAAUUGAGUCAUAUCUGUAACUGAAUCAAAGAAAAAGACAAAACAAAAAAAAAAAAAAAAAAAAAAGCACAUUACAAUAUAACUGAUUGAAAGAAUAAGGGUAUUCUUUCUAAUUGUUAAUAUUUCUUGCUUGAUAUUUUCUUUUUUUAUUUGGGCAAAGUCUCAAAUUGUUGCAAAUACAAAUGUAUUUUAAGUUGAAGCAUAUAUACAUAGAGUGAAAAUUUGUUUGUAGUGUGAUAUUUGGGGUCCAAGACAUAUACAUCGCGAUAUAACCAUAAUUUUAUUUCUAAUUUCAAGGCCAUAUAAUAAAAAGACCUUUUAGAGUGGUUAGUUUCAUCCUGAUUUUUUUAAUACUUAUUAUGUUCUUUAUGGUUAACAUAGCAUUGUAUAGAAAAUAAUGAUGAAAUUAAUUGCAAUUAAAGGUUUUGAUUAUAUUGUGUAUGUGCAUGUGUCUGUGUACACAUAUACAUGUGUGUGCGUGCACAUGUGCCUGUGCAUGUGUGUAUAUAUAUAUAUAAUAUAUAUAUAUAUAUAUAUAUAUAUAUAUAUAUAUAUAUAUAUAUAUAUAUAUAUCUCAGCAGUGUGUGCUCCAGCUAUGCAAGUCAUGCAUUGCAUGGCCAUUUAUUUUUUAUAUAAAUCAAGAAUAAAUUUAAUAAUGUAAUUUAUUUGUAACUAUACCAAAAAGUCUUCAAAAUCAUUGAAAACGAAACUAACUUACUUGGAUUAUUGAAGACAGCUCUAUUCUGACCUCAUUUCUCAUUCUAUUAAAAAUAGUUUCAAGGUCAUGCAUUGUUAAAAAUGCAUGAAGUUUCUUGUCUCUGGUCUCUUCUCUCUAUCUGCCAAUACCUCUCUCUAUGUUCUGUCAGUUCUUUAUAAUUGGUGUUGCUAAAGACUGACCACAUGGUUGAAUGGAUUUGACCAUUUGACCUCAGUCUAACAAUAAAAGCCCUUUCAAAAUUCUUUGUGAGUCAGAUUAGUUUUGUGAUUCAGGCUACUAAAGACCAAAAUUUUGCCAAUGGAACAAAGUUAUUUAUUUUAUCUUUGAUAUCUAAUGUCCAUUGUUACAUUGCUGGACUUUUUGGGAUUAUCUGUCCAAUGUAAGUUGGAUUUUCUCCCUUUUGACCAGGAUCUUUUGUUGCUUCCUUGAUUUAUAAAGAUUAUUUUCCAUUUUAUUUAAAUUGACUUUCAAUCCACACACACACACACACACACACACAUGCACACCUCUGCAUAUAUUUCAAUUAUAAAAUCUUUUGAACUUUUGAAAUAGGAAUCCUAAUGACUGAAAUGUGUGCUAUAGAAGAACUUUUGAAAAAUAGUUUUUCAAAAAAAGACUUUGAAAGGAAACAGUUAAUUAUAAAUGAUAGCAGACCAAUGCUGAAAUUACCUAACUUGCGACGUUCCAUCAAGAAAUGUAUUUGACAAUUUCACACUAAUCUAUAUGAAAGGAAAAAAUGGUUAACUGGAAGUGUUAAGCUAAAUAAGUUAUUCUGUAAGCCAUGCUUGUUACUUAAUUUACAAAAAACUGUUUGAAAUGAUAAUGGUUACGAUGAUUUAAAUAAUCUACAUAUGGCCAUGCAACACAUGAACUUCCUCAAAGAUGUAUAAAAUCUUUCAUAGAUUUUAAAACAUUUGGGAAUGUUUGGAUAGACUUGCAGUUGGAUGCGUAUUGAAAACAGAGCAUACAACAGCAUAAUGAAGAGGAUAAACGAAACAAAACCAUUCUGUGGCAUUAGAUCAGUGCAGUUAUUUUUCUCAGUAGCCAGGAAUUAUCAUUAGAUCAGUGCAGUUAUUUUUCUCAGUAGCCAGGAAUUAUCAUUUCGGGGUCAUUUUGAAUCCCAAAAAUCCAAUAAUCAUGGAAAUUGUAAAGAACUCUUAUAUAUUUAAUCAGUAAAUAUGACAAAACAAUUGGCAAGUUUUCUCGAUACAGCUUGUUUUCUCAGGUCUCUGAAGCAGAAUUCAAAAUGACUUGAUUGAUGCAGUUCAAAAAGUUUUGUUGGAUGAAAUAGAAAAUGAACUGAAGCAGGCUAAAUUUGUAGCUAUUGUUGUAGAUGAAACAUCUGAUGUAUCAAACUAUUCACAACUGUCAACUGUUUUACAUUGUUACAAAAGAUUUUGUUAUUAAAAAACGAUUUAUCGGUUUUAAUGAUGUUAGAGUAGAUCGCUCAGCAAAUGUGUUAUCUGAAGAUGUUUUUAAAUGCAUUGAAACACAGACAUAUGGAAGCAAAUUAAUUGCACAAACCUAUGAAAGUGCCACUGCAAUGGCAGCACAAUUAAAUGGGUUGCAGUCAAAAGUAAGAGAGAAAUAUGAAUGUGUGAUCAUUGCUCAUAGUUGUGCUCAUGCAUUAAAUUUAGUUCUUUUGCAAGCAUGCUCUGCUAUAAAAGAAUGCAAAAUAUUUUCUUCUGCCAUAAAUGAACUGGGUACAUUUUUUAUGAAAUUACCUAAAAGGGCUAAUUUAUUAGAUAGCAUAGUUAAAAAAAGCUACAGGAACCAGAUGGAACUACUACUCAUGUCUUGUUCUUAUUAUAGAAGAAAAUUGUAAUUUCAUAAUCAGCCUUUUUGAAGACAUCAUUGAAAGCCCUGAAGCAUGGGAUGAGACCACAAUAAAUUCUCCUUUUGGAUUCUUACAUAAUUUAAAAGCUCCCGAUUUCUUAUUUUUAUCAGAAGUACUUAGUGACAUAUUUUCUUUUACAUCCUUCAAACUAAGUCAUGACAUAGUAUAUUGUAAAGAGCAAAUAGAUAAAACUAGAACUGUGCUUGAAAAUAAAACUCAAUUUUUCAAUAUUUUAUGAUAUGUUAGGGGAAAUAUAUGGCAUCAAUGCAACAAUUGAAAUUAAAAGAUCCAGGAAUAAAUCUAUUGAUCUCCAACAGUAUUAUAGAAUGCUCUAUAACAACAUUAUUGACACAAUAGCUGACCAAUUAAAAAUGCAAUGCUCAUCCUUAGAAAAGCUUAAAUUCAUAUUCAUAGAACUUUUCAAUUUCAGCAAAAGUGAGGAAUAUCACAAAAAAUUUCUUUUAAAACUAUUUACGGUAGUUUUUUUGACAUAAUACGAUUUCAGAGUGAAUUAAAUGUUUUGUAUUCUAUGCAAGAUUUUAAAAAGCACAGUGUGAGUAAUUUAAUGCAUCAAUGAUAUGAUAGAAGCAAUGCCAGAACUCUUCAAUCUUUGCAACCUUAUUUUGACAAUUCUGUUUAUAACUGCCCCUGUAGAGCUGUCCUUUUCUGCAUUGAAAAGAAAACUUACCAAAGAAAUACAACCAGACUUUCGGGGUUGGCUCUUAUAUAUCAAUUGAAAUAUUUACUUCAAAAACUAAUUAAAACAAGAUUUCUCUGACAGUGUAAUAAAUAUCUUUGCCCUAAAAGAUCAAAGAACUGAAUUAAUUUAUAAAUGAGGUAUGUAAAUAAUUUUUUGUACAUCUUUUCUGAAAUUUUUAAACACAUUAAAACAGCGACCAUCAUGGCCAUAUUAUGAAACUAAUUUGGUUCUCUUAAUUAAACAAUUUAAAAAAUGAAUCAGCUCAACCGAUAAGUAUGAGGGUUGGUUGAAAAUUUCAUAGGCUGACUAUGAAGGAGCAAUGCUAGAAAUCUUGCAUGCAUUCAUUUCAACUCCACAUAUUAAGAACUGCAUUGUUUCCUUUCAGGUAAACUGACAUCUGACUGUUCAAAGAAGACUUCAAAAGCUACUAGUAGCUACUUCUCUCGAAAAUAGAUAAAAUUUGGCAUUGUGGUGUUAUCACAUAUUUUCAGAAAAAGGCUUUAACCUCCAAGGACAUUCCUGCUGACAUGGUUGCUACAUUACAGGAGGGAAAGGGAGAGUCUUGAAGAUGAUCCAAUGUUUGAACAUCCCACAACUGCCACCACCAAGGAAAGCAUUGAUCAUUCACCACAUGUUAAUGGAUAACAGGCGAUUGACUAUGAAUCAAAUAACCAUUGUUAUUAGCACAUCCUGUGAGAGAGUUGAGAAUAUUCUGCACAAUGAACUUGGCAUGAUGAAGAUUCAUGCUUGAUGAGUGCCACAUCUUCUGACACCUGAUCAAAGCACAUCAAACUGAUCACACAACAGAAAAAUCUGACAUUGUUUGUGGCAGAUCUAGCUGGUCUUCUUGAAUGUAUCAUAAUUCAUGAUGAGUGUUAGGUUCAUCACUUUAAGCCAAAGAUAAUCCAUCUAGUGGAAACAACCCUCCUCAUCUGCUCGAAAGAAGACCGAGGUUGUUUCAUCUGCAGGGAAGGUGAUGACCUCAGUUAUUUGACAUUGUGAUUAUCUUCAAAAGGGCCACCUUGUCAAUGGAGUGUUCUAUGCCAACAGGAAAACUGAUGAAAGAGGUCUUCUUUCAUUAGGACAAUGCUCCAGCACACAUGUCCUUAGUUUCAAUGCCUGCUAUGCUUGGCUGUGGCUUUGAAUUAGUUGAUCACCAUCCCUAUUCUCUUGAUUUGGCCCCAUCUGACUAUCAUCUGUUUGCUAACAUGAAAAGCACAUGACUGGGAACCAGUAUCACAGUGAUGAUGUCAUCAUAUCUGCUGUUGAUCACUUUUUACCAGGAGGAUGAAAGUUUCUUCACCAAUGGGAUUCAAGCACUGCAAUACCAAUGGAACAAGUGUGUCGGCUUCAAGGGGGAGGGGUCUAUGUAGAAAACUAAAUCUCAUUUGGUCACAUUCCAUGAGAGAAUUUUGAUCAGCCUAUGAACUUUUCAAUUGACCUUCAUAUUCAUUGCAUGACCAAUGUCAAAAGUCACCGCACACCACUUAUAUAUAUAUAUAUAUAUAUAUAUAUAAAAUGUUGUAUGUGUGUUUAUAUAUGUGUAUAUAUAUAUAUGUAUAUAAUAGCGUGUUUAUAUAUAUAUAUAUAUAUAUAUAUAUAUAUGAUUUUGUUUAGCAAGUACAUUAUAGUAAAGGUGCUAGUCUGUUUUAUAGCACAUCACACUCUCUAGACAUCUGGUCUAAUCACAAUUAGUUCAGCACAGUGUAAGUCAAUAUCAUUUUAGUUAUUUAGAUCUUGAAUUUCUCAUGGUUAUCAGCAUUUUAUUUUUGAGUAUUAUGAAAAACUGAUAAUGUAAAAUACCUCUUGAUUUAUUUAUUUUUAUCAUUAUCUUUUUUGUUUUGCUCAUGGUGUAGAGGUCCUCUGAUAAUGAAAAGGGAAUAAUGUUUCUUUUUUAAUAUUUUAUUUAUUAUACUUAAAUUGAAAAUCUAUUUGCAAGUGGUAUACUAGUAAGGGUUAAUAUUUUAUAUAACUUUAAGUUCAGUUGCUGUGAUAUUGGACUUUUACAAAUGUGCAACAUGUUCUAUGCCAAAAGUAAUAUUGUAGUCCAUAUUUGUAGGCAUAAGAUUUCACAUAGUUUCAACUAUUCAACUAAUCUUAUUGUCAAGUUGCAUUAUUCUUUUUUUUUUUGUGUGUUUGGUGCAAUUUCAAUAUUGCUGUUUUAGUAAUUAAUAAUACUUAACCAUGUUGAUGUAUUCUUAUAGAAAUUAAGCAAUAAUGAUACUUUAUAACAAAAAACAUUAUCCUUUUGAUAUAUGAUGACAAUAUUCCUACUACAAAUGUGACAGUGAGCUAGCAGAAUCAUUAGAAUGCUGGGGAAAAUGCUUAUCAACAUUUAAUCCAUCUUUACUUUAAGAGUUCAAAUUCCACUGGGGUUGAUUUUGCCUUUCAUCCUUUUGGGGUCAAUAAGAUAAGAACCAGUUGAGUAUUGGGGUCAAUGUAAUCAACUUACUCCCUCCCCCGAACUUGCUGGUUUUGUGCCAAAAUUUGAAACCGAUAUUUCUACUAUGAAAUCAUUGAGUUCUAGUAUGGAGAGUGUGAGCAAAGAAACAGUUCUGUCUUUAUGACAGCUGCAUUUGACUCAGUUUGAAUGUUGAAAAGGUUAUAUUUUCACUUUCUUGUUCUGCUAUGAUGCUUACCACACACACAUUCACAACAGAGCUUCAUGAGUUGUCAAUCUGUCACAUGUGUCACAAUUCUUUAAAUAGUUUUUAUGUUUGGAGAAGUGAAAAAUCCCUUUUCAGCAUGCAAACCAAUAGAAUGUGUCCUGCUAACACAACAAAAUUAGAACUAGUCAUAGGUUAUAAAAAACUUUUUCCCUUUUUUUGUUUGGGCAAAAAGUUGAUAUUCCAGUUUCAACUUUCAUUUAAGAAAAUAACUGCCCACUCUUCUUUUUUUAAAGUUUAAUUUUAGUAUUGUCAAAUAAAGUCUUGGUUUUAUUCAUCUAUAUACAAAAUACAUACAAAUGUAUGUAUUAUAUGUACACACACACACACACACACACACACAGAAGUGGCAACUGAUGAGAUGUUUAGAUGCAAUCUACUUGUCUAUGUGCUAUAUUUGUAGGAUAUUCAGUAUCAAGUUAGUCUCUAUGUAAUUUAAGAGGCACAAUGGCUGUGAAGUUAAGCUACUAGAUUAUUGAUUACAUGGUCAUUAGUUCAGCUUUUAUUAACUAUUAUUGCAUUGUAUUGUUGAGCAAGCAACAUAGCAUUUCUUUCGUCAAGCACAUUAGAAUUUAUGAUUCUUGAUGAAGUCAUAAUAAGGCUGAAAAAUGCCUAAAAUCUUUUCCCAUAUUUACUUGAAUAAUUAAAACUAUAUUAAUGAAACAUUAAUAUUGUUUUUUGUUAUCUCAUAGUUACUUUAGGUCAGCAUUUAAAGCUUCCUACAUUAGAUGCUAGCACUAACUUAAUCAUUGUUUUUCAUGUGGAUGGCUUAUAUAAGUAAUUUUUUCUAAAACAUUUGGUCUAGUUUGCCCAACUGAACAAAACUAGGUUCAUUCACCUAUACAGUUGAGUGGUUUGCAGUAGUAAGGGUAUUUAGCUCUAAAAAUCUGUUGUUCUAACAUUCAUACAGGCAUGCAGAAGUGAAUGUAAACCCUUUAAAAAUAAAAUGGUAAAAUGGCUGUUCUAGCUAAGCUAUGCUAUCCUUAUUGCUUAGUUUGCUACACUGAGAGUUUGAACUUCAAAUUAUAUAGCUCUUGGGUUUUAUGGAAAAAGAAACAAUUCAAAUAAUCAUUUGAUUGAUCAUCUUGUCUUUUUUGUUGAAUAUGCUUUUCUCAGAUUUAAGAUGUAAAAUAUUUCUUAUUUAUAUGGCUCUAAAGUUAAGAUACUGUAUGGUCAUAAGUCCAGUUCUUACUACUAUAUUCACUGCUUGCUUCAGUUUGAGCGAUACAAAGCAGUCUCUUUCUUCAUGUUUGAAUGAUUAAUGAUAGAAAGGGCAUCUUACCAUAAAAAUAAUUGAUCCAACAAAACUAAUGUCACACAUAUUUACAUGAAAUGAAAAAUAGCUGAAUGAAUAAAGAGGUGUCAAACAGAAAUCUAGUUGGCAUAUUUUACAUAUUGAAUGAAUUUGGAAUUAUUCAUUGUUGAGGCAUAAGUAGCAUUUAAGCUAAAUUUUGCAACCCAACAAGUCAAUCAACAAUUGUGCAAUACCUAAGCUGUUAUUGAUAGAUAAUCUGCCAGAGUUUGUAUGGAGAACAAAUUAGAGCCCUUUGGCUUGAGAUUCAAUGACUUUCAAGGGUUCAUAAAACUAAAGUAAAACUGAUAAUAUGUGAGUGUAUAAAGGUUUAAGAAAAGGGUCCUUAAUUUAAAAUUUCAGAGUCUAUGGUAAUUUGUGUUAAUUAUUAUGCAGAAUACGUAACUGUGUAAAUAACAUAUUCUGUGAGCCUUGUCUUAAACAUUGCUUUCAUUAGGAUACAAUGCUGGACUACUAAUACUUUUCGAUAUAUUUCACUUAUUGAAAAGUAUUUAUUAACAUCAUAUACUGUCACUGUCUAAUAGCUUAGUAUAUUGCCACUUGCACUGUUUAUUAACUUAGCGUGCUUUCAUGUAGACAUGUAGUGUUUAUUUUAUAAAACAAUGUAUGUUUAAGUUUAUUAUGAUAUUUAGUACUCUUUACUUCAGGAGUUCCUCUCUGGACCUUUCUUGUAUGAGGGAACAGUUGGACAGAAACUAAAUACCUUGAUGAGUAGAUGGAGUAUGUGAUUCAGCACAAAAUAAUUUAUAGAUUAUCAAAUUUUUUAAUCAAAUCCAAGUUGUCUCCUUUAUCAUAAAUAUCAAUUCACUAUAUCAGAAUCUGGAAAAGUAAAAUGGUCAACACAAAGUUGGAGUGAUAAAAGCACCCCCCUUAUUCUUUUGUUUGCUGCAUUGCAAAUAUGUGGAGAGGUAGUGCUUCUUUUCUCUUGAUGCUCUUUAGAAUCACUGGUAUUCAUGGUAUUAAAAAUAUGAGCAACUGUGUGAAACUUGGUGGGAUUUAAAUGCAACUGACCUUUUAAACAAUGUACUCUUUUUUUUCCUUUUGUCCAUUUAAUUGAUAAAUUGAUUUAAUCAGUCAGUAUUUUAAUUACUUCUGUCAAGUGUGUUAGUGUCAGUUGCCUAAUUUCUGAUAAUCAACAUUAGCUGUUAGUUUGUAAUUAACUCCAAUGAUUUCAAUGUAAGAAUUGUUGUUGAUUAGAUUUGGUCAACUGUAUUUAAGGAAAACUUAGUUGUGAUUGUUCAAAUGCUGCAGAGAGCCCCUAGAGGUUCAACACAUUAGAAUAAGCAGUCUGGAAUAUCAGUUUUUAUCAAACUACAAUAUCUGAGCAUUGAUAACUGAGUCUUGGUGAACCUUCCAUAUUUAUUAAAAAUUGAAGAUUUAAAAUAUUUGACUCUUAUUUACUACAUUGAACAGUUGAAUAACUGGAUAGAAGCACAAUGAUUAUGAGGUUAAGGUGCUUAACUAUGGACUACAUUGUCAAGUCUUACUGACGUCAAUUCAAGAGCCAUUAACAAGUUAAAUAAUUCUGCUUGCUUCAGUUUGACUGACUGUCAAAAAUAGUCUCCCUUCUGACUUCACACUUGAAUGGUUAGAAUUAGGAUAGUAAAGGAUUGUAAUUGUAAAAUGUGUGAAAUAAAAAAACUUUGGCAAUAUUAAUGUAAGAAAGAAAAUGAAACUGGAUUGUGCACUUGGUUUAGUGUCAAGAAUUUAACCACAACUCUAUGUUGCUACCGAAGAUUUUCUUUAUUUGUUAUUCAGAACUGUAGCUGGUGACACAUAGGGCAGAGCAAUGGGAGAUCAUGAUGUCCUCUUGCUAGAAGACUGGUUCAAGUGCUUGUAGCAUGGCUAGAAGUACCUUGGGCCAGGAGGGGAUAUUAAACUGUAUUACUUGUUGGAAGCUGCACUCCAGAGAAAAAAAAAACAAACAAA